UUGCGACCCGCCUUCCGGAAGGAAGCCUCAGGGGCUGACUAUGGCGACCGCCGCGGAGCAGUGGGUACUGGUGGAGAUGGUCCAGGCGCUCUACGAGGCUCCUGCUUACCAUCUUAUUUUGGAAGGAAUUCUGAUACUUUGGAUAAUCAGACUUCUUUUCUCUAAAACUUACAAAUUACAAGAACGAUCUGAUCUUACAGUCAAGGAAAAGGAAGAAUUGAUUGAAGAGUGGCAACCAGAACCUCUUGUUCCUCCUGUCUCAAAAGACCAUCCUGCUCUCAACUACAACAUCGUUUCUGGCCCUCCAAGCCACAGCAUCGUGGUGAAUGGAAAAGAAUGUAUAAACUUUGCCUCAUUUAAUUUUCUUGGAUUGUUGGAUAACCCUAGGGUCAAGGCAGCAGCUUUGGCAUCUCUAAAGAAGUACGGCGUGGGGACUUGUGGACCUAGAGGAUUUUAUGGCACGUUUGAUGUGCACUUGGAUUUGGAGGACCGCCUGGCAAAAUUUAUGAAGACAGAAGAAGCCAUCAUCUACUCGUAUGGAUUUGCCACCAUAGCCAGCGCUAUUCCUGCUUACUCUAAGAGAGGGGACAUUGUGUUUGUAGAUAGAGCUGCCUGCUUUGCUAUUCAGAAGGGAUUACAGGCAUCACGUAGUGACAUUAAGUUAUUUAACCAUAAUGAUAUGGCUGACCUGGAGCGACUACUAAAAGAACAAGAGAUCGAAGAUCAAAAGAAUCCUCGAAAGGCUCGUGUAACUCGACGUUUCAUUGUGGUUGAAGGGUUAUAUAUGAAUACUGGAACUAUCUGUCCUCUUCCAGAAUUGGUUAAGUUAAAAUACAAAUACAAAGCAAGGAUCUUUCUGGAGGAAAGCCUUUCAUUUGGAGUCCUUGGAGAGCAUGGCCGAGGAGUCACCGAACAUUUUGGAAUCAAUAUUGAUGAUAUUGAUCUUAUCAGUGCCAAUAUGGAGAAUUCACUUGCUUCUAUUGGGGGUUUCUGCUGUGGCAGGUCUUUCGUAAUUGACCAUCAGCGACUUUCCGGCCAGGGAUACUGCUUCUCAGCCUCGUUACCUCCCCUGUUAGCUGCUGCUGCAAUUGAGGCCCUCAACAUCAUGGAAGAGAAUCCAGGUAUUUUUGCAGUGUUGAAAGAAAAGUGCAAACGAAUUCAUAAAGUUUUACAAGGCAUUUCUGGAUUGAAAGUGGUGGGAGAAUCACUUUCUCCAGCAUUUCACCUGCAGCUAGAAGAGAGCACUGGAUCACGAGAAAAGGAUGUUAAGCUACUUCAGGAAAUUGUAAAUCAAUGCAUGGACAGGGGCAUCGCACUGACCCAGGCGCGCUACUUGGAGAAAGAAGAAAAGUGCCUCCCUCCUCCCAGCAUCAGGGUUGUGGUCACAGUGGAACAGACGGAAGAGGAACUGGAACGAGCCGCGUCCACCAUCAAGGAGGUGGCCCAGGCUGUGCUGCUUUAGUCUCGGGUCCUGGUGGCCGCCCGCCACACAGCACACAGACAGGCCUCGGUCACUGCGGAGUGAGCUGGAAGAGGCCUGCGGAUACCUGCCGGGGGUGACCAGGUGGUGUGGAUGUGGA